AUGCCUACUCUUUAUUUUUGCCCCAUUUGCCGACACUAUUUGCCCUUCGUCGCAUUCGUGAAUCUUUAUAAGCAUAUUCGUUCAAAUCAUCGAAAUGAUAAACCUAUCAACAUUCGUUGUCGCUUGAGUCAUGAUUGCGGCUCAGUCUAUACCAGUUUUGAGAGUUACCGUAGUCAUCUAAAUCGAUAUCAUCAUGAUUUGUUGAAUAACUUCGAUGUGUCAAUGGAUUACACACUCAAUGAAAACGAUUCGUUGCCAUCAUUCUCAUUUUCAAAUACCGAUACUAAUCAUGGCAAAGAAGACGAACUUGCAGCACAAGAAGAGUCGAAUGAAGAUGAAAUAGAUGCAUUGUUGGAAACCAUUACAAGUGAAAGUUAUAUAGAUUGGUCGUCAUUUGUCAAUACCAAUGAUGAACAAGAUAAUCCCAAAGAAUUUACAUUUAGUUCAUUCGAAAAACACUUUACUCGUUUUCUGUUCGAUCUGCGGGAAGGUCAUUUACUACCACAAGGUAUCAUCAAAUCGAUCACAUCGUACUUGACAUCAAUGUUAGAUGCACUGCUCAAACUCAUUGAACAACAAGCAACGAAAUCACUUAAUAAUCUCUCGAUCUCAUUAACAGAUAUUGUCAGAUUGAUAGCGCAAAUUAAAACAUCAAUAUUUGACAUUACUAAAAAUGAUUACCAGUUUUUAAAACGAUGCGAAGAUUUUUUUGGAUAUGUACCACCAUCGAAAGUUGAACUGGACGACAAAGACCAUUGCGGUUAUUAUGUCCCAAUCGAACGAAGUAUCAAAAGCUUAUUGAAUAAACCGGACGUUAUCAGUUGUCUAAUUGAUAACAUAAACGAGAGUACGGAAAAGACUAAAAAUGAUCCUGACUUGAUUUUGACAUAUCGUGACGGUACUGCAGCGAAAGAUAAUCCUUCAUUAAAUCACGAUCCUAAUUCGUUUUUGAUUCAACUUUAUUCGGACGGUAUUGGAAUAACGAAUCCACUUGGCCCUAAAAAAGAUAAACACAAAUUAACAUUGUAUUAUUUCGUUUUGGAAGAUUUACUUGAUGUCGUUAGGUCCAUGUUACAAUCAAUUGGUCUUGUAGGAAUAUGUCCCACAAAACAUUUAUCUUUACAAAGAAACCGUUCCAAAUACUUUGCACCUAUUGUCAACGAUUUGAAUCGUUUACAAACAACUGGUUUGAUUGUACAAACUUUCAAUGGACAAUUACAUUUUGCAUUUAGUUUAUUUGCAGCCGACAAUCUAGCAUCACAUGAAAUUGGUGGUUUUCAGCAAAAUUUUAACUCUGGCCAAUUUUGUCGAUUGUGUCACAUUUCAUAUCAGCUCAGAUUAACUCAUCUGACGAACAUUUCAUUUUUACCGCGUAGAGUAGCUACGCACAAUGUGCAUGUUCAACAAGCUGUAAGUUCAUCGAAUACAAAAACCACUGCAGGUGUUAUGGGCGAAAGUCCUCUGUCAAAUUUAAUUGGUUUCCAUCGUAUUAAAUCGCUACCGAACGACGUUAUGCAUGACUUCGCUGAAGGUGUUUGCCCGCUCAUAGUAUCAGCUAUGCUCAAAGAAGCUCCAGCGAAACGUCUUAUGACAUAUAGUCAAAUAGAGCAAAGGAUAAAUACGUUCAGUUACGGAAUGAACGAUCAAAUUAAUAGACCGCCUACAAUUCGUUCAACACAUCUUACAAAUAGUCAUCUAGUUGGUUCGGCAAGUCAAAAGAUGUGUUUAUUUCGUUUGAUACCAAUUAUAUUUUCUGAUAUCCUUGAUCAAUUAACAAACACAUUGGAUAUUUAUACAUGUUUACGCGAAAUAAUUAGCUAUGUUUACUCGAUAAGAUUCAGAAAAUCUUGGCUUUCCUAUUUUCAUUCGUUAACUAUACGUUUUCAAUCGUUGAUGGUUUACCAUUUACCGGAUAUGAUGAUUCCUAAGGUUCAUUUCGUCACGGAAUAUCCGAAAACAAUAGGUGCAAACGGACCAGCGACCCGUUUUUGGUGCAUACGAUUCGAAGGAAAGCACCUUUACUUUAAGAAAUUGGCUAUCAGAUCGAAUAACUUUAAAAAUCCAGCUUUUACUCUCGCCAAAUGA